CUGAUCUAAUGGUAAAGAACUAUUUUUCUACAGCGUCGAAGAACUCAUGCAAAGCAACGCCAGGCAUAACUAUCUUUUUAACUAACUUUUUAAUUUUUGAAACGGACUAAUAGACUUCGAUUGUACAACCCCACGUACUUUGAGACCAAAAUAUUAGUAUCAAAAUAUUCAUUUUGAAUCUUGUUAUAUUUCUCCCCGAGUGAAGUGUGAGACGACGGUGAUGGAUGUUUAUUACUGAAUGCGCUUUUUCCAGCAUCGGUGGGUUAUUCAAGAAGCUACGAGAAUGUGGUCAGCAUGGAUUCAUUAAGUGUUGCUUGCUUGUGCAUCGCAUGCCUUUGCCUCUUGAGUGUUGCAGCAGACCAACCAAGAGUUACAGACCACUUACGGUCUGCCAACGAGGUGUCAGAGCUGUGUGAGAUUGAUGCAGUCCUGUGUGAGGAUGAGAAUGCGGUGCUGAGUUUCGAGGCCAUCCGAAGCAUCCACAAAGACAUGGAUGACGACGCAGAUGGAAGUGUGGAUGUAACAGAGACAGAUGAGUUUCUCAGAGAGGAUCUAAAGUAUCAUGACCCCAAGGCAAAACAUAGAAGUUUCCAUGGAGCAGACCUGCUGAUUACUGUGGAGGACAUGUGGAAUACCUGGAGGUCCUCUGAAGUGUAUAACUGGACUGUGGAGCAGGUGGAGGAGUGGCUCAUUACCUAUGUGGAGCUGCCACCAUAUGUUGAGUCCUUUAAGAAGAAUGAGAUCAGUGGCAAAGCCCUGCCAAGGCUGGCUGUGAAGAAUGCCACCCUAACACUGUCUGUGCUCAAGAUCUUGGACCGCAGUCAUGCUCAAAAGCUGCAGCUCAAAGCUCUGGAUACAGUGCUGUUUGGCCCUCCUCUGAUUAGCAGGCACAACCACUUGAAGGACUUUGUACUGGUGGUGUCCAUCAUCAUUGGUUUGGCGGGGUGCUGGUUUGCCUACUUCCAGAACCGCAAUUCAAAGGACCACAUGAGCAAGAUGAUGAAGGACCUGGAGGGCCUGCAAAAAGCUGAGCAGAGCCUUCUCGACCUCCAGCAGAAGCUGCAGAUAGCGCAGGAUGAGCACCGCUCAGUUGAAGUGGAAAAGGUGAAUCUAGAACAGAAGUUGAUAAAUGAGAUCAAUGCAGCAAAACAGGAGGCUCAGAGACUACGGGAGCUUCGUGAGGGCACUGAGAAUGAACUGAGCCGUCAGACGUAUGCCGAAGAGGAGCUGGAGCAGGUGCGCACAGCUUUGAAAAAUGCAGAGAAGGAACUAGAGAUGAGAAGAAGCUGGUCUCCUCCUGAACCUUUACAGACGUGGCUGCAGGUCACUCAUGAGAUGGAGGUACAAUACUACAACAUAAAGAAACAGAGCGCUGAGAGACAGCUCCUGUUGGCUAAAGAAGGGGCAGAGAAGAUUAAGAAAAAGAGAGGCACACUCUUUGGGACCUUCCAUGUAGCUCACAGCUCCUCACUAGAUGAUGUUGAUCACAAAAUUUUAUCAGCCAAACAGGCUCUAGGGGAGGUUACGGCUGCCCUGAGGGAGAAACUACAUCGCUGGCAGCAGAUCGAGUGUCUCACAGGCUUGACCAUCGUGAACAACCCAGGUCUGUCUUCGCUGGCCUCAGCGCUCAACCUGGACCCUGCCUUCCUGGGGAUCCGGCCUGCCACCCCACAGCACCUGCUGCUGUCAGAUGACCUGGAUGACAUGGAUGAGGACAUACUGUCCCCUGGAACCCUGCGAUAUGCCGCCUGGCAGAUGGACCGGCGGGUGAGCGACCUUUGGCCUGUAGCCUUUGAAACCCAGUCCCUGUGGAAGCAUUCUGCUCCAAGUCUGAUGUCCCUGCGGCCACGGCAUGGAGACCCUACACUGAGCCUCAGUUCUCAGAGAGAUUUGAACCGGUCCGACUCAGACUCCUCCUUGUCUCUGUCUCAGUAUGGUGAGCGCUCUUCCUCCACCACUCUGCUGAACAGCAGGCCUGUGCUCUCCAGGCCUAAAGGGGGAGGAGGCAGCGCCUCAGACAGCUCCCUCUUCCAGAAGAGGCUCGUCAGCAUGGAGAAGUGUGCCAGCCUGGGAGAGAUAAACACGCAGUACAGCAGCCUGACCACAGGUGAAUCCGCCAGCUCCCUUAGCCCUUCCACUAGUGAUGUAGACGGGCUGUUACCAGCAAGAGGAAGAGGAAGCAGCCGCCUUCCCCAGCUCUCGGGCAAGAGGAGCCUGGGGGAGGAGGACAGUGGCUCCACAGGGGAGGACAUGGAGGCCUCCAGCUCUAGCCGCAAAAAGCACCCCUUCCCUAGAAUCUUCACUAAGCAAAAACAGAAGAAAUAGUAAAACACCAACUGGCCUCACCCAAAAAGUGGCUUGUAGAAGCUUCACACCGUAUAAGAGAAAGAACAGUAACUAUACAGUCACACUCAGAAGGGCUAUAUCACACUCAGAGGUUUAUAUCACAUGUAGGUACUAUUUAAAUAGAUAUAAGGGAGCAUCAACUGUAUGUUUUUUUGUAUUCUGGUUUGGUUUAUAUGUUUUCAAAAAAGGCCAGAAAUGUUGUUUUGGAGAAAUGUGUGAUUUUUUUAAAAUAUUAUUUAUUCUGCAAAUAGGAGCACUUGUAGGUAUUUCCAUUUUUAGCUUAAAUUAUUGUUUAUAUUCUACUAAGCUUUACAGGUCCAGUUACAUUGAAUAAAAUGCCAAAGAACAUUAAAAACAUGUAUAAGGAGCAUGUUGACUUAAAAAGAGGAAUUAUAAUAAAUGGUUUCUGACAUAAA